CAGCAUCUCCACAGUCAGCUCCUUCAGUAAAAGAUUAAAACAUCUCUCAAAAUGCGCGCCAUCUUCGCUGUGUUCCUCGUGGCCAUGGUGCUGUACCUGAUCCAUUCCACCGAGGCCAAUUACAGGAAACCACCCUUCAACGGAUCUAUCUUCGGGAAGAGGGGAACAGUUGAGUACGAUUCCACCGGGAAGGCCUUAUCAGCUCUUUGCGAGAUAGCCUCAGAGACCUGCCAGGCCUGGUACCAGACCCUGGAGAAGUAGACGAUGACCAGCAUUUUAUAACCCUCGAAGAGCAAAACGACCAUGUAAAUUAGUAGGUAGCGUUUGUUUACCUAUACAGUAGAACGCCGAUUAUCCGAACGCCGAUUAACCGAAUCGCCAAUUAUCCGAAUCGGUUCUAAGCCUAAUAUA